UUCAGUACUUAAAAGUUCUUUGACAUUGAAACUUUAACUUUAUAACCUCAACAUCAUUUAUUGGAGUUUCGAACUAUUUGAAGAAACAAAACUUUAAAUAAAUUACAUUGUUUAAUUACUAUGGCACAUGACAAAAAGACUGUAAGACGAAGCCGAUCGCGAGAACGAGAUCGUGAUCGCGAAAGGGAGCGAGAACGCCGUGAUCGACGACGAUCUAGAAGCAGAUCAAAGGAUCGCAAGAAAGACAGAAAACGUUCUAGAUCACGAGAACGAUCCAGGGAAAGGGAUAGAUCUCGUGAAAAAGAUGGGGACAGAUCUAGAGAAAGGCGAGAUCCCAAAGAUAAAUCCAAGGACGAAAAGAAAAGGAAACAGAGCCCUAUAUUUGUUAUAGAUGAUGAGAAUAAAAAGGAAAAUAAAAAUGAAACCAAGAAAGACGAAGAAGAUAUGGAAGAAAAAUCAAAGCAUGCUGCGAAAAAGGAACCACUUAGCUUGGAAGAGUUAUUAGCUAAGAAAAAAGCAGAAGAAGAGGCUCGUGCUAAACCUAAAUUUCUGAGCAAGGAGGAGCGUGCAGCUAUAGCAAUACAGAAAAGGCAGGAAGAAGUUGACGCUAUGAGGAAACAGCAACAGGAAGUAUGUAAAUCUUUGUUCCACAACGAGAAUGCUGGAAAGGAAAGAGAAUGGGAUGAUAGAGACAGGCGCAGAGAUGGACAACGUGCAAGAGAAGAUGAAAUUAAGGACAAGGAUAAAGAGAAAGAAGUAGAAGCUAUUAAAGAACGUUAUUUAGGAUUGAUAAAGAAGAAACGUCGCGUUAGACGAUUGAAUGAUAGAAAAUUUGUAUUCGAUUGGGAUACAUCAGAAGAUACAUCUGUUGAUUACAAUAGCAUUUAUAAGGAACGACAUCAGGUUCAAUUCUUUGGUAGAGGCAAUCUUGCUGGUAUAGAUAUCAAAGCACAGAAACGAGACCAGAGUAAAUUCUAUGGAGAACUUUUGGAAAAGAGAAGAACAGAAGCAGAAAAGGAGCAGGAGAAAAUGAGAUUGAAGAAGGUGAAGAGAAAAGAAGAAAAACAGAAGUGGGAUGAUAGACAUUGGUCAGAGAAAGCUCUUCAAGAAAUGACUGAAAGAGAUUGGCGUAUAUUUAGAGAAGAUUAUAAUAUUACGAUAAAAGGAGGACGCAUACCAGAUCCGAUUAGAUCAUGGAAAGAGUCAGGAUUUCCUAAAGAAAUUCUUGAUAUUAUUGACAAAGUGGGAUAUAAAGAUCUAACGCCUAUUCAAAGGCAGGCCAUUCCUAUAGGGCUUCAGAAUAGAGAUAUUAUUGGCGUUGCCGAAACUGGUUCUGGAAAGACUCUAGCCUUUUUAAUUCCAUUGUUACUGUGGAUUACUAGCUUACCAAAAAUUGAGAGAUUAGAAGAAGCAGAUCAGGGUCCUUACAGCAUAAUCUUAGCGCCUACGCGUGAAUUGGCACAACAGAUUGAAGAAGAAACUAACAAGUUUGGGCAACCGUUAGGUAUAAGAACAGUCGUUGUUGUGGGUGGUCUCUCGAGGGAAGAACAAGGUUUCAGAUUGAGAAUGGGUUGUGAGAUUGUAAUAGCUACACCUGGACGUUUAAUAGAUGUACUAGAAAAUCGAUACUUGGUUUUAAAUCAGUGUACCUACAUAGUACUAGAUGAAGCCGACAGAAUGAUAGACAUGGGAUUUGAACCAGAUGUGCAAAAGAUUCUGGAAUACAUGCCAGUUACAAAUUUAAAACCAGACAACGAAGACGCCGAGAAUGAAGAAAAACUGUUGGCCAAUUACAAUACAAAGAAAAAAUACAGACAGACUGUGAUGUUCACAGCCACUAUGCCACCUGCGGUGGAACGAUUGGCUAGAACUUACUUAAGGCGACCGGCUGUUGUAUACAUUGGCAGCGUAGGCAAACCGACAGAAAGAACAGAACAAAUAGUCCACAUAAUGGGCGAAGCAGACAAACGUAAGAAACUGAUGGAGAUCCUCAGCAGAGGAGUAGAACCGCCAGUGAUUAUAUUCGUCAAUCAGAAGAAGGGUGCUGAUGUUCUUGCGAGAGGUCUAGAGAAACUGGGCUACAACGCGUGUACCCUUCACGGUGGUAAAGGACAAGAACAAAGAGAGUAUGCGCUUGCAUCUCUCAAGAGCGGUAGCAAAGACAUUUUGGUUGCUACUGAUGUUGCCGGUCGUGGUAUUGAUAUUAAGGAUGUGUCUAUGGUUAUUAAUUAUGAUAUGGCUAAGACUAUAGAAGAUUACACGCAUCGUAUUGGUAGAACCGGUCGUGCAGGAAAGGCUGGUCUUGCUAUAUCAUUCUGUACGAAAGACGACAGCCAUCUGUUCUACGAUCUUAAACAAACGAUCCUCUCGAGUCCGAUCUCUACUUGCCCACCGGAGCUACUGAAUCAUCCGGACGCGCAACAUAAACCUGGCACGGUAGUAACGAAAAAGCGCAGGGAGGAGAAAAUAUUUGCCUAAAAACAAACACCUAAUAAUCGUAUGUAUUUCAUCGUUGCACACGGGCGCAUAUUUUUUAUAGUGUAUAAAAUAAAACGGAAAUGGAACUGUGUAUU